AUGCGGGUCUCGACACUCGUUUUACUUUCCUUAACGGCCACUGCUUUCGGGCGUGUCGCUGUCUUCCCGCGGAAAGGGGGACAUGUCCAGCUUGGCCCCCGUCAGGACAUAGAAAGCACACCCCCAGGUACUGUUCCCACGCCUCCGACCAGCUCUAGUGGAACAACGGCCACUUCCACUACCAGUGCUGGCGAGACGGCUACUACUCCCACAGUCAUUCCUACUGAGUCGGAAACCACCCUCCCGACUAGUCCUACCCAGCCGAAUAUUACGCCUACAGCUAGCUCUAGUGAGACAGAGACUACUCCCACGGUCAGCCCUACUGAGUUACAAACCACCCCCCACAGGCAGUUCUAG